UGAACAAACACUCCUGCGGAUGUCGUGCGACCAAUGCAAAUUCUUGGAUCCAUAGGAGCAACAUGACAUCUAAAAACAGGCUCAGUGGCAUUCCCUGUUUGUAGCCACCUUUCCCAGACGCUGCAACGCCCUGGCAGGUGUUGUUUUUCCACGAUACCCUUACCAUUGUUAAUUGCCAUCACCACAUCUACCAACAAGGAACCACUUUGCACAAAGGGUGUGGGAGUGUGACGGGGCCUGCUGCUGUUGAACUGGGGAACAGUGGGAUGGAGAAAGUGUUGACCAGCCCGCUGUAGAGGAAUGUGGCUAAGCUGCGGGGAGUUGCAGAUCGGCUCAGUGUGACCAGGCGAAGAGAUCGAGGGGCUUUUACUGCUCUCACUGUGGCUUAUUCGUGAAAGGCCACGUUGACUCAGGUCUCCAUGGACUUGCUGCAGGACUACAGCCACAGUCACACCAUGAGGGGCCUGGACGUCCGACUGAAGGGCUUCCUGGAGCAGGUGAACAGGCUGCAGGAGGCCAACCAGCGGCUGGAGGCUCAGAUAGUCAACUGGGGCGUCAGAGGCACCUCACACUCUCAGGACUGGUCCAAGCAGGAACAGACUGUCAGUCAGCUGCGUGCACAGGUUGGUAAGCUGCUGAUGGAGAAUGCCCAGCUGGCAUUACAGUCUGACAGCAUGAAGUCCAGAGCUGCCGCCAUCCAGGCCAGGUGUGAGACGGAGGAGAGGAACACCAGGCACCUGGAGCAACAGGUAGCUCUCCUCCGGCAGUCAAAGAAGAAGGCAGAAGAGAGCAGCAUGACGCUGCAGGCAGACCUUCGACACUCCAUGACGGAGCUGCAGGAGUUGCACCAGCAGUUUGAGGCAGCCCGGGCUCUACAGCUGCAGCAGGCCGACUCGUGCGAUGCUCUGUUAGUGACGGCCACAGCAGCAGCAGCAGCAGCAGCAGCAGCAGGAGGAGGGGAGGAGGAGGAGGAUGGCACAGGGAUGGAGCUCACCCAGCUCCUCGACCGAAUCAGAGCGCAGUGCGGUCAGAGCAGACUUCCCAGCCCAGGGGAGAGACACCUUGGCCUGGGUGCCACGUCAAAUCCGCUCCCCGGCUUUGUCGGGCCUAGCCGGUCUGGAGCAGCAGCAGCAUCCAGAACACACAGAGGAGCUCUCAGUGAGGAGGAGGCAGCAUGGGCGCAGGUGAGCCUCGGCAGCGCCGUCCUGAGGGAGGCUCGGGCCGAGCUUGCUGAGGCCAGGAAGCAGUGGCACUCCCUGCAGGUGGAGAUUGAGACCCUUCAUGCCUUGGAGAAAGGCCUGGAGAGCUCCUUGCAGAACACCCAGCAGCUGUACUCCAGUCAGCUGCAGGACCUUUCCCAGGUGAUCACGGGGCUAGAGAGUGAGCUGGAGCAGGUGAGGAGCGGGCUGGCCACCCAGCGCCAACGCCACAGCCAACUCCUCAACACCAAGAUGAGGCUGGAGCGGGAGAUCGCCACUUACCGGCGUCUGCUGGAGCGCGAAGAGGGCAGGUACAUGAGUCGUAAUGGGCAACCAAUGGGUCUGCGGCCAUGGAGGUCUUUCACAGAGGAGCCAAAGGAGAACGGGCUAGAGAACAGUUUCAGUGACUCCGCUAUCACUCCGGACGAACCUAAGUCUGAGCCCCUGCCUGAAAUACCGUCACUCCUCCCAGCAGAAAAUGGGAUACAGAAAAGCAUUCUGCAUAGACAGCAAAGCCUUGUGAUACUCACAGAGCCGGAGCAAGAUAAAGACUUGCCAAUCGCCACUGUGAAGACUCAAGAGAUUCUUCAGGGCAACGUGGUGCGAGAGAGCGCAGAAGGUCACGGCACCAUCGAGACAGAGAAGAUUGACAAGGUGAUCAAACAGUGGGAGGGCUCUUUCUUCAGAGGGAAUCCCAAACUGCGGAAGAAGUCGGUGUCACUGCGCUUCGACCUGCACAUGGCCGCGGCAGACGAGGGGUGUGCCCAGACUAAACAAGACAGCCUCCCCGACGUGGAGGUGCGUCUCAUCAUGAAGAGAUCUCGCAGCAUCCCAACCAUCACCCAGUAACUCACCAUCACCAGGUUGGCCAGAUCAACACUGGCUUGCAGCUGUUUGCGGUACCACUGCUAAUGUUGAAGUUACAGAAAUAACAUCUGUGCCAUUGAUAUCUGGGAUAUUUCCAUCCAUUAACAUCAUGCUUAAUAUGAAUUUCAGAUCACAAUAUUCAUUGACUGAUGACUGAGAUCUCUCCCAUCAUACCUUGACUCUGGCAGGAUAUGAAUUACCCAUCAGGCUUUUGUGCUCAUCUAAUGGGGCCAUUUUUACAGAGGAUAACAAUUUAAUAUAUCACCAUCUUCUUCAUCAUCCCUGUAGAUGAAGAAAAAGUGACUCUCAGUACUGUUAAUAUUUCGGUAUGAGGUCACCAGACAAAAGAGAUUAUAUUGACCGUAUGACCCUGCUUAACUACAGCAUUUCAUUCUAAUUAACACGUGGUAUGGGAGGCCGAGUGCACAGGUACAGGGAAAUAAAUGGAGGUGUGGACUCACAGGUCACUGUGAGCUGCAGUGAACGAUCAGAGGGUGGAUUUUGUUCAUAUAUUUUCUUUAAGAGACUGUAUGGGGGGGCGUCCAGAAAAGGGGUAGGAUCUCUCUCCCGGUUAGCACUUCAUUUGUCACAGUUCCCACCUUCAGUUUAUCUCAACAGAUAGCAGAACAACACUGAAGUCAAAUAUAGAGAACGUUCCAUGUGAAAUGAAAGCUUCUGUGUACCGAGUCUUCAGUAAAUCGGACACAUUAUUUUGUUAUGUUUGCCAUAUUUUUUGGCAAUUCCUCUUGUGUUGUGUUGUGUUGUGUUGUUCGGUGUGAAAAUGAUUAUUCCAUUAACAUAUUAAGAUAUAGAUUGGAUCUUAUAUUCUUUGUGCACUUUUAGUUCUUAAAAAUGAAUUGUAACAAUUCAAUCGUGUUAUAUUACUGUAAGACUAUGUGGGGAGGGUGGUGCAAUAAUCUUCAGCCCCCCUUUCCCACCCUAAUGGUUUCUGUACAGUCCCUAAACGCUUGCACUGCGGACACAUAAAGCACUUAGAAGAACACUAAAGGUCUUUUGUCAUUGCAGCUCAUUCUCCAUGUGAUAAUGUAGCUUCAUUUUAUGAUGCAUUAUCCCAAAAAAGAAAUAAAUCAAUCAAUAAAUUAAGCUCACUGUGAUCUCAGCAACAGUGAGGCUCUUUUACUCACCAUUUGUCUCAGAGAAUUUCGAUUCUCUGUCUUAACCAGAGGAGGGCAGUAUUUGUAAAUAGUUAACAUUGCAGUGUAUCUUCAUUGCUCAACUCGGGUUGUGUAGCACACGUUACCUGUUACACAUAAGAUUCAGAGUUUUUAUGUUUAAGUUUUUGAGUUGGCACCAAAGAUAUUAGAGAUAGAAAAGGACCGUCGUGCUUUGCAUCUGGGUGCCUCCGAAUAUGUCGAAAAUAUUUAAAGAUAUUAUCUAUGCAGUUCUGUGCUUGACUUUGCUUUGCUUCAUGAAGCACACUCUUCAUUUUGGGAGCAACGUAACUUCAAAAUGAAGCAUUAUGCUUUUAUCAACAGUUUAUCAUUUCAAAUAAAAACAAAGAAUUAUGUGCA